AUGGCUUCAUCUCAAGUUGCCUUUCGUUCUUUCGUCUUUCAGAGUUACAACGCAAACAACUCCAACUCACCUUUCAAACCGCAACUCGCCAUGUGGUCGCCAGCCAUCAUCUUCGCCAUCUUCACCACUCUCUCAGCAGCAAAAGAUUGCGCCUUCUACUGGUCCUAUCCCAGCGGCGUAUACGACAAAUGGGCGCUGGGCCGCAUCGACGAGGCCGUCGGCAUCUGCGCCACCGAGAUCGGCGGGCACGUACUCGUCCCCGACAUGGACGUCCAGAACGGCGACAACAAGGCGAACCGGUGUACCGUCUGUCGAGGGGCUAGGAGCGGCACGGAGGAUUUCGUGUUGGACUACUUUACGGUUCGGUGUGGUUAUUUCGGGGAUGGAUCGUGUUCUGCGUGA